CGUGUUUGUAUUGCGAGUGUUAUCAGUUUCUGAAAAGCUUUCCUUCUUCCCUUUCUCUUUGUUCCCACCUAUUUGGCUGGACAAGGUUGCUACUUCAUAGAGUGAAGAGGGAGGGAAAUAACUUUGUAUUAACAGAGAAGCAGACAGAAUAACAGCUUCAUAGUUCAGUUCAUUGCACUUGUGCACACAAGAGCUGAGGUACAGGAACAAAGUAGUGAACUGAGGGGCCGAGAUCAGCAGACGGUUCUGGAGAUUCAGACGGAGUCAGACGUUUUCAGGAAAUAUACCUGCUUUGUCUGGUGUGGACUGGAAUAGAAGAGUCUUUCUGGACUGAUUGAUUCCACAGGGAUUUACACAGAGCAGGAUACAGCCUCUCCUAAUCUUGGAUCCUUGAAGAGACAGAAGGAUGCAGGAACCAGAAGUAAUAAUAAGGACACCUUCCAAUGCAUCAUCACACCGACAUAAGACAGCACCCACUAGUGAUGCAGAAGACCAAGUCUGGGAUGCUGGUCCAGAAUGUUCCAUUUGCUUCAACUCAUAUGAUAAUACCUUCAAAACGCCUAAGAUUCUGGACUGUAACCAUACUUUCUGUCUGGAGUGUCUGUCCCGCUUCAUCACUGUUUCACCAGAGAAAGAGGGCACCCAGAUCACCUGCCCGCUUUGCAGACAGCCAACUUCUAUUCCUGAGAAUGGUCCACCAGCUUUGACCACCAGCCAGGAGGUGCUGGGCCAACUCCCCAGCCACCAACAGCAAGAGAGAAAUGUGUGGCUCGAUGGAAAGAAGCUCUGCUACUCACAUCCAACAACACCCAGCUACAUUUGCAUUUAUAUUGGAGGCACUAAACAAGAGAGCGAGAACAGACAAGAAGAAAGAGAGAGUUGUGGGAGCAGGCUUCUGCGUUUUCUAGGCUUUUAUGGCGAUUGGAAGCGGCUGCUGACCCUCAUCAUAGUGCUCCUCAUACUGCUUGCUGUAAUCCUCUGGCCUAUUCAGUGUAGCUUCAGCCAUGGUUUCAUGCCAGGCUGCUUUAGGGAGCAAGCAGGGUCCGUGAAUGUCUUCCCUACAACUUCAACCACCACUCGUAGGUGAAGUUGUGAAAUUUGUGUCUUUAAUUCUUCUGGUGACCCAACACUAAUCUUGGGUUUGGCCAUGUGAUCUGAUUGCACACUUAUUCAUGGAUUUACACUGAGAGCACCCUGGCCACAAGUAAGAAUUUUAGUCCGGUUCUUCCAUAUUAAUGUCUCUGAUCUUGACCAGACUGGUGUGCCUACUAUGAAGUUUUUUUUGUGAAUAUAUUGACUGAAGAAGGUUUUAGUAGAAGUCAAGUAAAGAGACACUGUGUAUUGCUGCUAAAAUCAACUGAGCCAACAAAUUGUCACUGUCAAAAAAUCAAAUUACAAUGGAAAAGAGGGGCUUUUUCCUAGCAAUAUUACUCUAGCUCUUCUUUCAGGAACAGACAAAAACAUUCUCUGUUUUAUACACAGCAAAUCAUCUCUUUUUUUGGAAAUCACUUUUGUAUUGUUCAGAUUGUGUAUAUUUGUAUACAGAUGUUUGGACUGCAAUAUAUGUACAGUAAGUGUAACUAUGUUAUAAUGUACAGUAAAACAUUUUUUUUCAGUGAAAAAUUGCACUUAAAACCUAACCGGCACCUAAAACAUUGUGGUGAUUCUGAUGUCUGAAGUGAUAUCAAA